UGACAUAAGAGGGAGUGCCAUAAAGAACAGUGUUUUCUGCCAUGUUUUCCCAAAUUAUGGUUUCUGGAAAAUGGAGCAAUAGGCAUCAAAAGGUAUUGAAAACUUGAAAUCUGAUCCUUAAUUUGCAACAGAACCGCAUGCAUAGUCACAUAACUUUAUGAAGAAAAAGAGCUGGAAGUCCGAAAGAUUCGUCAGUGAUUACAACAUUCGACAUGUAUCAGAGUCGGAUCACCAUUGUGCUUUUUGUGAUUCUUUUGACCCGGUUCAGCAUUGGUGUCAUAACAGAUGUGCAUCUUGUUGGCGGUCCAGAUUCUAAUAAAGGGACCAUUGAGAUCAAGAUAGACAACGGGACAUGGGAGACAGUAUGUGGUAAUAACACUAAUUACACUGAUGUCAUGUUGAUCUGCCAAAAAUUGGGAUUCAAGGGAGCAAGCAGGGCAAUACAGGAGACGCCUUAUGGACAGAAUUCAACUCCAAACCAUGGGUUACUAUGUGAUAAAGAUGAUACCAACCUGUCUGAUUGUUCGGUAGCAAACUCAACGGAAUGUUCUGUAGCAGCGGCAGCUUCUUGUCAUGGUGAGGGAUAUCUUGGAUGCUUUUUGGAUAUGAGGUUUGACCAGGUGUUGUCAGGCGAAAGCCUAAUAGAUAAAUUGAUGACCAUUUCUUAUUGCAUCCAAUUCUGUAAUGAGUCUACCACGGCCAACUAUACAUUCGCUGGUGUUGAAUACAGAGAUGAAUGCUACUGUGGUGAAGCCAGUGAUAACUAUACUAGACAUGGAGUGAGAGCAGAUGAGAAGUGCCAACUUGCAUGUUCAGGAGACAGUACCGAGAGCUGCGGGGGAGACGGGCACAUAACUGUCUUUAGAAUUCACACUGAGACCAGUGAAACCACAUCUACUAUUGGGUCAACGUGGUCUACAGAGGAGAUACAAGAAGAAAGCCCCCAAACGGAAGUGAUGACCUAUCAACCAAGUUCUGAUAAGACCAGUGAUCAUAGUCCAAGGGACGAGCUGACUUCAUCACCACUGACCACAACCUUCUCCCCGACGCUCCAGCAAUAUUGUAACAGCUCUUAUUUUGGUGCUGUAGUUGGUGAAGGUGUUGUCAUCAUUAUCCUUAGUGUCCUUCUCAUCGUCUCGGUAAUAUACAACAUUCGAAUCCGAAAGAUGAUGAAAGACUCUAACAAGGAUCAGAAGACACAACAUGUGGAUUUGAUUCAGUCAUCAAGUUCGCCUGAAAGUGAUACAAGUUUUUAUCGGAAUAUUCAGGAUAUCAGGGAAUCGGAUCCAUCGGCAACAUCUGACGGCGAUGGUUACUACUCCUCUCAGAUAUACAAAUAA